UAGUAGGGGGAACUCCGGACUUCUCCGUUUAAUUCAUUAUUGCGACCCAUGCAUAAACACUUUCGACGGUAAUUAGGAAAAGACGUUUGAAUACCAAAACCCCGAAUCUUAAGUAUAAUGAAAUUAACCAAUUUUAUUUUGGUGGCAUGUGUGGCCUUAAUUUUGUCAAUGCACAUGCACUCGUCAGAAGGAGCCACAGAUGAAGAUGUUGAAAGAUUAUUUCAAGAGAAAGUAAAGAAAGGUAACAGUAAAAUCAGACCACUGAAGAAUCAAUCAGAGAUAGUUGAUGUAGAAAUGACUCUCUUCAUGGUAGCUAUAUUGGAUGUAAACGAAGUACAGCAAUCAGUUGAAGCUACAAUUUGGAUGAAGGUACGCUGGAAGAAUGAAUUACUGGUGUGGGAUCCCAAUGAUUAUGGCAACCUCACUUUGAUUUACCCACCAGAGGAAAAUAUAUGGAAACCGGAUUUGGCCAUAAGUAAUGGAUAUAAUGAAUUAACGCCCGUUGGUAUAGAUUUCGUUCUCUUGAAGUCGUGCCAUAACGGCCAAACCUUGUGGACCCCAGGCCAAAAGGUUCACUUCCUGUGUAAGAUUGAUGUAUCCAAGUUCCCAUUCGAUACACAAACAUGCUUUAUGGAAUUUUUCAACUGGGCCGGGACUAAAGAGGAGACAUCAUUGAAAUACCGUGAACUAGAAUUUGAAUUGCCAAAUGGUUAUGUUGCCUACCCCAACUCGGAAUGGACAGUAAUAGAGAGACGAUCUGUGAAGGACUCUCAGAAUGAGUAUGAAAUGAUUAGAGUUACUGUUGUAUUAAAAAGGAAAUCUCUUAGCCUGGUGUUGACAGUGUUAUUACCAGUUAUUCUUCUGGUAUUCCUCAAUGUAUUCGUGUUCCUUCUACCAACUGAAUCUGGUGAAAAACUGUCUUUUUCUGUCACGGUUCUUCUUUCGCAAGCUGUUUUCCUCAGCUUUAUAUCCGGUCUUAUGCCCCAGACAUCCGACACCAUUUCCGGCCUCUCCAUUUAUAUUUCAGCCCAGCUGGUUCUCAGUUCCUUGUAUGUUUUGAUUACCUGCUGUACGUUAAGGAUAUACCAUAGGGAUACUAACAAAUGUCCGUUACCACGCUGGUUCCUUAAAAUUCUUUGCCUCCCCAUUCAUUCGGACAACUGUGUUUAUCCAGUCAAAGAAAACGAUGGUAAAUUAGAGACCACAGCUGACAGGGUGACGGGGAGCCACAUUAGUCUAAGAUUGGAUAGAAUUUGCUUUUGGUUUUUCUUAGUUAUUGUGUUUUUGAUGACUGCCAUAUUUCUUAUGGAUGGUAUAUAUUGUUAAUAAAUGCCCCACAUUUAACCAGCUAUAAAUAAAAACAACAUUAGACCCAAAAACUGUCAACCUUAUUUAAUAUUAUUAUCUUUAUUUUUUUUCGUCUAUAUAGUUCUGCUUGUGUACAUUGCUUGAGAUAAGCAUAAUAUUCAGAACGUUAUAAUUACAGACGUGAGCCUGACUUACUACAUGUUCGUUCAUUGGUGGUUUACGGUAGACAAUAAAGUAACGAUGCGUAGAUAAACACAAAAAAUGAUUCAGAUGCGAAGUAAAUAUUUCCGUUAAUACAAUCCGGAAUAUUUAACGAAAGAAAACGAACUGAAACACAAAUAAUUUUAAUCAGAUUGAGAAAUUAAAAAUGUGAUAUGUAUUAGGUCGGUGGCAUUAUAUCAGGUAUAAUAUUUGCACACUUUCUUUUUUCUGUGUUUGUUGAUUGCGAGUAAAAUAGAUUUG